AUGGAGGAGACAGUGAAAAAUCUGCUACAGAGCCAAGGAUCCCCAGGCCAGCAUGGAGAAGGGACUGACAAUAUCAUGAAGGUAUAUCAGAUAUUAGAAAAACUGUCAGAAGACAGUAGGAAAUGUAAAGAAGGAAUGGAAAAAAUUCACACACCAGCAGACGAAGAUUCAAGGAGUGAAAGCAGCAGCACUGAAGAGGAAAAAGAAAAGACAAAAUUGCUGUUGGAGCGUUUGAAAGCUCUGGAGGCAGAGAAUUCAGCGCUGGCUCUGGAAAAUGAAAAUCAGAGAGAACAGUAUGAAAGAUGUCUUGAUGAGGUAGCUAAUCAGGUUGUUCAGGCCCUGCUAACUCAAAAGGAUCUGAGGGAGGAAUGUAUAAAGCUGAAAACAAGAGUUUUUGACUUGGAACAGCAGAAUCGAACAUUAAGUGUGCUUUUCCAGCAGAAAGUCAAACCAGCUUCUGACCUCCUUCUUCAGAAACUCCAUUCACGCAUCCUAGACCUCUCCUCUGGGGAUUUGCUUUCAGAAGUAGAACGAAACCGCAGCCGCACUGUUGAUGCCCAGCUUCACGAAUGCCAGCAGAAUAUGAAAUCCAGUAUACCUGUCUUGAAAUGCCAGAGUCAAUUAAAUGUGACAGGUCCCAGCCGCCUGUAUCCCCGCAGCAGCUGCAGUAGCAGUGAACUCUCCCUCUCGAGUGCUUGCAGCGAAUAUUCCAGUGGUUCCUCCUACACUUGGAACGAUGGAAAGACAUGCAGCAAAAGGUCAUCUGUGAGCUGGGAUAAAAGAAUAAGCAUUGGUUCUUCGCUCCCAAGCAACCUCUCAAGUCCUGCAGAUGAUCUACCUCCAACUCGAAUCAAGGAAAACCAUAUCUUAGAAGGGCUGAAGAAAUUACAGAAUCAAAAAAUACUACUUGAAUCACCUUCAGUAAUAUCAAAAUGGGGUUACAAAGAUUGCAUGAACUCUAACGAAGGAAUUUAUUCCCCUGGAGUUAAAUGUGGCAGCCAUAAUGAACAGACUCAUUGUAAGCCAAUGGAAAGAGGAAGUGUCUGCAUUGAACACAACAAAACUUUCACUUACGAUUCAGAUUCGCAUGAUGAUGCAGAUGAUUACUCUUCAUCCUUACUGUUGCUGCAGGAAGUACCCAGCAAAGACUGCAGGACCUAUUGUAACAAGUUAACUCACAGCAUUUCUGACAGUCUCUUUGACUGGGGUCCUGAUAGGAAACAUUUGCCAGAAAGAAGUUCAUAUUUUAAUUCAAAGGAAAGACCUGAAAAAUUGACUAGUUCUGUCAGUGGGUUUCAGGCAGAAGUAAAAUUGUGCACCAGAACAAAGCUGCCUGAGUUACAGUUAAAUCAAAACCAUGCUAAUGUAGGCUGGAAGGACCUUAAUUUUCAGCUUUCAGAUACUGAUGACAAUGAAGUCUUGGAUGAAUUGCAUAUAGAAAGCAGUGAUGAGAAAAGUCCAUCGGAUUUAUUAACAACUCCUUUUACUGAGUACGCAAAGACCCCUGACAUGCUCAAAGUCACGGAGAAUUCUCAGUUUGUAUCUACUGACAAAGAGGAAAAAGAGAUAUCUGCUCACUCAGACAUUAGGCCAAAGACAUGUAAUUUCAUUAAACAACAAACAGUUGUUAAAAAGACCUCUUCUGAAGAGUGCAUUACUGUAAUAUUUGAUGCUGAGGAUGGUGAGCCUAUUGAAUUCAGCUCACAUCAAACCGGAGUUGUCACUUUAACAAGAAAUGAAAUUUCAAUCAACCAGCCACAAACUAGGCCCAGUGCAGAAUAUACUGAACUUAUAGCUCAGGGAAUAACUGAUUUGCAGACAGGAACCAAUGCUAGAAACUACACUGCUCUAGAAAGACCCGAAGACAAAACCGAGAAACAGACUCUUGAAGAUAAUACAGGGAAUAAAAAUACAGUUGUCCCCAUGACCUGCAGUGAAUCUUCACGCUGUGGAAGAGCGACUGUGCAAAACAUUUCACGACAAAAACUAGUGAAGCCAGUGUAUGAUGUAUCAUACAAGGCUAAUUCAAGCACUGAUGUGCAUGCAGGAAUCCACCAAAAGCCAAACUUGACUAAAAUACCCAGCAGAGGUAAAUUUUCCCCGCAGAAAACUGUGAUGACAGAGAGUGAAGAGACACCUGUAGCUCAACCAGUGGGCCCUACAACCCUUGAAAAAUCACCUUCUCUGCCACCUGUAAAGCUUUCGAGAUUCAAAAAGGCACAAAGUCCACCUCAUAAUUUUGACUCAAAACUCGACUUCCAGAUUCCAAAGCCCCCUGCCCAUCUUCUGCCCGGCUUGAAACGUCCAAGCAGAAGUGAUGGGUCAAAGUAUCCAAAGAGUCAGAAUCCAGCAUCACCACCGUUGCCUCAGCACCUUACAGAGCCCAGUGACUAUGGAGAAUCUCCAACCAGAGACUUCCACUGUGAUUUAGCAAGUGCAGAAGCCCGAUCACCAUCCCCACCCCUUCCUCCAGGCAGGUCAACUUCCUUGUUGAUUCGGCCUAAUUAUGCUCAUUCUCCACCUGUAGCAGUAAAGUUAGGAGGAGCUUGUCCCAGUGAAACAGAGAAAAAUGUACUGAAACCAUCACUGUUAAAAGGAACUGUGAACUCUGGCUUUCAUAAUCAAUCUCGUCAUGAAAUACAAGCAAAAAAUGUAUCUCCUGGAGCCAAAAUUGAAUUAUCUUACCUUCAAGAAAAUGCAGAAGCAAUUAUGCAAAAUAACUGUAUAUCUCAGCAACCCCAUAGUGCAUGCCAAGGACUUUCCAAAGUUUCCACAAAGCAAGUCUGCCCGAAAAGCCCUAAUCAGCUGGGUCUCCACAAGAAUCGUGAAUUUUCCAGCAUAGACUUUCAAACUGCCAGAUCCUUUUCUCUGGGUUGUCCUUCACAGAACACAUAUUCUAGCAAAAAAGACAUUUCCAGUGACAGUGGGAUGAAUCAGCCACAAAAGAUGCCAAACAUUCCCCCCCCAACUCCUCAAUGUCACACAGCAAGCACAAGUGAGCCUUUACUGCCUCAGGUAAACAAUUCCCCAUUGUCAACACUGUUUCAUGGUAGUGAAACUGCACAUGCUUCCCAAAACUCUAAUGAGAAAGGAAUGAAAACCCGUCUCCCUGUAGGACUGAAAUUAUUUGUCAAAUCUCCCCAACUUCUCCGAAAGAGCUCUACUGUACCAGGGAAGCAGGAAAAAGACAGUAUAAAUGCAGCUUCCAAAAGUAGCGUGAGUUCAGGUAAGUACAAGCAAAAUGAAUCUCUAAGUGUAACCACUAGAGGUGCAACAGAUGCCGAAUUAAAAGACUCAACCUCUGAUACUGAGGUAAAAAAUAGUUGUACUGUGGGACUUAGUAUGGAUACAGCAUCACCUCAUUCACAUGAAAGCUGCAACUUGGUGGUAGAAAGAGUAGAUAGAUUGGAAAACAAAUUAGUUAAGAGAUCUGUUUCUUCUAGCAACAAGUCGCACUUGAAGCCAGCUCUGGGCAUGAAUGGAGCAAAAGCUCGUAGUCAGAGUUUUAGCAUUCAUACAGGGGAAAAACCAUCUGCCCCUGGGACAGAAGGUCUAGGAAAAGUACGGACUCAGAUUAUUACAAACACUUCUGACAGAGGAAAUUCUCUAACAAGGCAGAACUCAGCCAUGGAAGGGCUUCAAAUCAAAGCCAUUCCUGGGUCGACGGUGACACCAGAGACUCUUUCAUGUGCUCCUAAAACCACAGAGAAUUCUUACUCUAGACAAGGUUCUUUUGGAAAUGUGAGUAGUUGCAAUAGCCAGCAUGGAAGCCCAAGCAAGCUGCCCUUCAGAUCUUCUUCAAAAGUGGACUUAUAUCACAGCACUUCAAAAUGUGAUGGAAACAAACCAUUUUCUCAGAGGGAUGCACACAGUCUAUCUGUCCAGAGUGAGAAAAGCACUGAAAGUUUUAAACAUGAAGCUCUAAGUAAAAAAAGUGUUCUGCCAGCAGAAUUGGAGUUAGAAGUGUCAGCUACUGUAUCUUCCAAACAAAUUUCAGCAUUUCAAGGCUCAGAUGGAAUAAAGUGUCCUCUUAAGCUGGAAGCAACAAAGUCACGAAGACAGCAAAUGUCUUUAAGGUUAGCAGAAGCCUCUGAGAAGGUUACCGAUAUUUUAUGUUCACCAACUCAACAACCUACAAUAGAGGAGAAAGUCAUGUUAUGCAUCCAAGAAAAUGUGCAGAAGGGUCAAGGACAACCCAAAUCUCCCACUGUGGAGACUAAACAAAAGAGUGGACCCUCUCUAGCUAGUUGGUUUGGCUUUCGGAAGAGUAAACUCCCAGCAUUGAGCAGCAGGAAGACUGAUAUUCCUAAAACAAAGGUAGAAAAAAAAGAUGUAAAAGUUUCAGGAUUUGGAAUUAAGCAGGCAAAAUUAGAGAGAAGAAAGGAAAAAAAGAAAACUGAACAGCACUGUGAAAUAGAAAAUGAAAUCAACAGGAAAACAGACAACGGUGACAUUUUGGCUGAUGUCAUGGAGAGCAAAGUUAUGAAACCUUCACAAGACACACCUGAUGAGAUGGAGAAUGAACAAGUCAAAGGUUCCACCACAGCUACAUACUCACCAAAAGACAGUUUUAUGAAAGAGCUUUUGAACAGAGUUGAUAAGAAAGCAGCUCAGCAGACAGAAAGUGGAUCAAAUAAUGUUUCCUACAGGAGUGUGUCGAAGGGCAGCUCCCAGGGCUCCUCUCUUCUCAGCAACUCUAUCAGCUCUCAAGGAAACCACAAGAAAAACAGCAACACAAAAGCUGAUAUGGAAAUGCAGAAUCAGACCCUGGCCAAAGUAGUCACAGAAAACCUGCAAGAAGAAGAGGAGGACACCAUGACAAGGACUACAUGUCAGAGUCAUGUGAUAG